UGUACGACCAGUAGGACCGAGACGGCAGAGCAGCGCUGCAGAAGGAGGAUCCAUAAAACGCUGGAGAGAGAAAUAAAGAGAAAAGGGGGAGGGAGACGAGCGUGACCGAACAGCGAGCGAGACAGAAGGAGAGCGAGGGGGAAGGAAAGGAGCAUCCUGCCUAGCAACACGCCGCAACGAGCACAGGCGCCGCUCGAAGCCUCGGGGAUGAGGAUGCUGAAGAAGGAGCCGCGUUAAUCUCCAUCCUGUUGCCUCCACCAGCGCCGAAACGGACAGAAGGAGGGCAGGAGAGCGAGGGAGGAAGGGAAAAAUGUGACCUGGACUACUGUGGGGACAGGAAAGCGGUCAAAAGGUGGCGUCAAAAUGACUGACUGGAAAUCUGCUGUGGAAACGAUGGACCCUCAGCACGCCCAAAGCUGCCCACACGUGGCAGUAACGGUCGGGCACACCUGCGCCGAACAUGCCGCUUGCGCCAACCUCCAGCGUUCUGGGUGAAAAGAGAUCCUGACGCAACGGCUGAUUCAUCCUUCACCUGGACGCCUCUGAGCAUCAGGACCCGAGCAACAGAAUCAUGCAGUGGAAGCGAAGGCACUGCUGUACGAACAUAGCUGGGAUUCUAGUUUUGCUCCUGUGUGUGGGAGUGUUGCUCUUCAUCAGUGAAUACAGCUUGCUGGCAGGAAAGAAGGACCACCAGGUGAACAGUGUAACUCACACAUCGCAGAAACUGGAGAGGAACCACAGCAUGACCAAGCAGAAGAUAUUGAGACAGGAAGCAAUGUCCCCUUUUCCAGCAAGGUCAGAGGGAAACCUCAGCUCCAUUCUGGAAGACUCCUCCCAGCAAGGGCUGAAGAACUCUCUGGCCUCUAAUGCCAGUUUAAGCGAGGAGGUAAGAGCAGAGAGUAUCCUCAAGGUAGAACCCUACAAAUACAUCAUCAAUGAAGAAGACAAGUGUCAGGAAAAGGAUCCUUUCUUAGUGUUAUUGAUUGCCAUUGAGCCCCAGCAUGUUCAGGCCAGGGAUGCCAUCAGGCAGACGUGGGGGAAUGAGAGCAUUGCUGAGGGAGUGGGAUUUGUACGGCUCUUCCUUUUGGGAAUAAGAGAAGGACUUACCACCAGCCAACUGCAGAGCUCCAUAGAGGCAGAGUCUCAACAGUAUCAUGACAUUAUCCAGCAAAAUUACAUAGACUCAUAUUACAACCUUACCAUCAAGACACUGAUGGGAAUGCACUGGAUAGCAACGUACUGCCCAGGAGCUAGUUACGUCAUGAAGACGGACAGUGACAUGUUCAUCAAUACGGAAUACCUCAUCCAAAAACUUCUCAAUCCCAGCCUUCCGCCAAGACAAGAGAAGAGAAAGUAUUUCACUGGGUACCUCAUGCGGGGCUACUCUCCAAAUAGAAAUAAACACAGCAAGUGGUACAUGUCACCGGAGCUGUACCCCAGCAAGCGGUACCCUACUUUUUGCUCGGGAACUGGAUACGUCUUCUCGGGCGACCUGGCAGAGCUGAUAUACAGGGCUUCUCUGAGCAUACGAAGGCUGCAUCUUGAGGAUGUUUAUGUAGGACUCUGCUUGGCAAAACUGAGGAUAGAACCAGUUCCACCACCCAAUGAAUUCCUGUUCAAUCACUGGAGGGUAUCGUACUCGAGCUGCAAAUACAGUCACCUGAUAACCUCUCAUGGGUUCCUUCCCACCGAGUUAAUAAAGUACUGGCAUCACCUACAGACCAACAAGCACAGCGCCUGCAUCAAUGUGCCGAAGGAAAAGGACAAAGUCCGCAGGCUUCGCCAAAGAAAACUACUCUGGAAACGCUUCAUGGCGUGAACGGUCGAAAGCGGGAUUGAAAGAGGUUUUUGCCAAACUUAAGUUUGAAAAGCACAAACAUUCCUGGGAAUGAGAGGGAAGGAACCGUUCACCAACAGAAAACUUUAUUUCAUUGGCCAAAAUAAAUGUGAAGGUAAAGAUUCUCCUGAUCUCUGGGUCUGAAUUACUGCAAGUCUACAGCGUAAGCAGAGCCUGACCGAUAUUCAGGGCGAUUCAAAAAGAUUCAUUUCAUUUGUAAAUCAUUACAGUUCACUGCAUUGAUAUGUAAACGGUUUAAAUGAGCAUAAAGUUUAUGUAAUUUUGUAAGUGCUCAGUCUGAACCUCCUCCAGCUGG